AUGGAGGAGAGUUAUAGGGAGAUUAGGAGGUCCAAGGAGUUUGGAGUUCGGCGAGAAGGUCCAUGUAAAGCGAGGAAAUGCCGUUGUGAUGCGACCCUUCCCACACGACCAUUGUCUUCUAUUGCAGCUCGACAUUGCACUCAAUGCAAGAACCUGAAAAUAGAAUGUACUUUUAACUAUCAAGCCAAGAGAAGAGGACCUGUACCUGGCUUCCUCCGUUCACAAAGAGCCAAGGAUAAAGUCCAGGCUGUGCGACAAAGCACCACUCGCACAUCGCCUAGUGUCUCGAGUCAGAGCCCGCUUGCUGUCCCACCUCUUCAGCCUUCGUAUAUCGGGUCCGAAAAGUCUGAAAGCUCAGUACUUCCAACACCAUCAGCCAGCUUCUCAUCCAAUACCGCAGUGACACCAUCACUCGCUCAUUCAUCUCUCCAUACCUCAUUAUCCAGCAUGCCCGGUCCGUCUACAUCCUUCGCAUUGAACCCGUUGGAUGCUGUAUUGCCAAGGUCACUACGCUUUGAGAUCGUUUCAUUGUUCUUCAGAUGUGUAUAUCCUCUCUUGCCAGUACCCCACAGGAUAACAUUUAUGGAAGACAUGCACAACAGACGAGAAGAAAGGAAUGGUCAGGAGGAGUGGGUAACGAUGGUCUUUUCGAUACUGGCUUUCACUUUGGUGCAGAUCCCACAUCACAUGGUUUCCAUCACGAAAAAUGAGAUUCGCGAUCUGGUGGAAAGAUUAUCGCGAAAGGUCAAGCUGAGUCUUAUGGAAGAUUACCACGCUGUAUCUUUGGAGCGGCUGAUCACCGUGUACUGCACUGUUUUCAACAAUCUAGGAAGACAUAUUCAAUCAAGAGCACUGCACGGAAGCAAUGUUGUUCACUGUUUACAGCUCGGCCUGAAUGAAGAAAGCACCUACACUUCCAUGGAUCCCAUCAGCGCCGAAAGCCACCGUAGACUAUUCUGGGCUGUAUACUGUAGCGACAGAUCCGCAGCUUGUUCUGAGAAUGGGAAUCUCUUGUUCAACGAAGAUGAGAUCAACGUCGCUUUGCCCAAGGACCUCGACGAUGAAUUCAUCACCAGAUACGGCCAUCAGGAACCUCCUGCAGGUCAUGCUUCGUUGAUGCGAGGCUUUGUUGACUCAUGUCGUCUGUUCAGCUUCGGGGGAAACAUGCUCUCUAAGCGAAUGCACGAUCGCUCUAGACCUCCCACUGGUAAUGGUUUGAGAGGUCGUAUCAAUGAGCUGGAUGAGCUACUGCAGAAUAUUGAGGAUCUCUUGGUAGACUGUCAGCCUGAAAUGAGACUCAGCUUCACAGAUAUGGGUAGCAUGGCGACAGAGAUCGAAGGAGGACUUGUCGAUGCUUUGCCCGAUAUGCUUGAGCAAUUGAUACCAGCAAGUCUUGCAGAUAGCACUCCGUUUUUAGUCCACAGUGCACAUGUUCGUGUAACUCAACAAUUGUUCCGGUUCCUCACCCUACAAUAUCGAGAAGAUCUUUCACGAAUUUUGUUUCACGAGCAACUACGAUGUACGACCAUCAGACAGAUCAUGGCCCCUUCCCCACCGAAGUCGGAGGAGCAUAAUAAAAGGAAGGUUUUGGAGGACUUACUCCAGAUAUUGCACGGAAUACCGCUCGAAAUUCACGCUAUCAAUUCUUUUCCGGGAAUUAGCAAGAUACGCUCUGUUUCUGCCUCGCUCCUAACAAGCUUUUCACCUACAUCGCUGGCGACUCCAGGAUCCCAGGCAAGUCCUCCUCAGAUAUCAGACGUAACCGCCCAGGACGAGAGGAGCAUGGAAUUGUUAUGCGAUUUCUUGCGUUUGAUGGCGACGAUAGAGAAAAUGUACUCUUUGGUAGUGGCUGAGCCAUCGACAGCUUCGAUGGACGGCACUUGA